UUACCAGUAGACCGUUACUCUCCUCAUUUUCCCCUUAAACCCCAAGCCAUUGUUGUUCUCCUUCACUCGCCACUCCGCCAUGACGGUCGCAAGCACAGCCUCGGAACGCACCAAGAGGCUCUUCAAGCUCACGCUCUCCGUCCUCCGACUCGGCUUCAACUCCUCCAAAUGCAAAACGGCGGCGAAGAUGGCGGUGGCGAGGAUCAAGCUGCUGAAGAACAAGAGGGAGGUGGUGGUGAGGCAGAUGAGACGUGACAUUGCUCUUCUUCUUCAGUCUGGUCAAGAUGGCACCGCUCGUAUCAGAGUUGAGCAUGUCAUGAGAGAGCAAAAUGUUUUGGCUGCAAAUGAGUUCAUUGAACUCUUCUGUGAAUUAGUUGUGGCCAGACUGUCAAUCAUUGCAAAGCAAAGGGAAUGUCCUGCAGAUUUGAAAGAGGGAAUCGCUAGCUUGAUAUUUGCAGCCCCUAGGUGCUCUGAAAUUCCAGAACUUGUGGCACUCAAGAAUAUCUUUGAGAAGAAAUAUGGGAAAGAUUUUGUAUCUGCGGCUGUUGAUCUUAGACCUAGCUGUGGUGUAAAUCGCCAAUUGAUUGAAAAACUCUCAGUACGAACACCUCCUGGUGAAGUAAAAUUGAAAGUGUUGAAGGAAAUAGCUAAGGAACAUCAAAUUGAUUGGGAUACCACAGAAUCUGAGCAAGAACUUCUCAAGCCUCCAGAAGAGCUAAUAGAAGGGCCACGUGCUUUUGUCAGCGCGAGCACCCUACCAGUAAAACCCUCUACAAAUGUGUCAAUUGAAUCAAAUAAGCCAGCAACUAGAUUAUCAGGUGGUGGAAUGCAUUAUGAAGAUUCUAAGGCUGCUGCUGAAGCAGCAGCUGAAGCAGCCAAGAAAGCAAUCGCUGCUGCUGAAGUUGCUGCUUAUAUGGCUAUGAAGGACAACAAUGAAGCUCCUCAACCAUAUAUUUACAAUAAUAAGUUGUAUAACUCGGGAGUCAACUCUGUGACCUUCCAAUCACACAAUCCUCCAAAAUGUACACACAAUCCUAUGUCAACUGAGGAGAAAAUGAACAUGUCACAUGGCUUACCAAGGUCUGAUCUAAUGAACAAUGAGGAUACAUUGCCUAAUCAAUAUGGCGGAAAUGACUAUAGGAGGCACAGCUAUCAUCCAAGAUCUGACCAAAUGAAUAAUGAGGAUACAUUGCCUAACCAAUAUGGUGGAAAUGAUUAUAGGAGGCACAGCUACCAUCCGACUUCUGCAUAUUCUGAUAUAAAAUUUGAUGAAUCAGACUGUGAUGAAGAAAUUGAAGCAGAAGAACCUCCUGCUACUGUGCCCCCUAAUCGGCUUCCACCACCGGUACCCUCAUCUCUGGCUAAACAAGAUAACCGCAUUCGUGUACAUCCUAAAUUGCCAGAUUAUGAUGAACUUGCUGCCCGCUUUGAUGCACUAAAAUUCAAAAAGUAACAAUCUUGAACCCACUUUAGCUACAUGAAUCUAUUCUAAGUCAUUAAUUUGUACUGCUCUACCUUAGCGGAUAUUUAUUUAGGGUAUAUAGUAUUAUUUUGGUCAACUUGAAUCUCAAUAAAAAUAUUCCAUCAUUCUGAUUUCCCUA